AUGAUAGGCGAUGAAUUGGGCCUGCUUAAGCAGCGGUUUCAACAACUGCGACAUUUUGAGGAUAGUCAAUCGCAGCUCCUAGAGGAUCUGUUCACAUACAGUCAGCAGUUGGAAUCUCGGCUGCAUACAGAGACGUCCCAGCUGCGGCGAGACCUUGCCAACUGCCGCCUCGACUUAGACGAUGCCCAGAACUCACGACGCAAUUUCCAGCAACAAGUGCAGGCAUUAAACAACGAUAUUCAGCAGCUUAAAAACGAAAACGACGAACACAGGAAUGGACAUCCUUACGUCGCUGUAUUGAUCGACGGCGAUGGGCUCCUAUUCCAAGACACCUUCAUCAACGAUGGCGUCGACGGCGGCAAGCGGGCUGCCCAUGCGCUACGCACCGCCAUCGUCGACAAAUGCGGCGACCAGGCGUCCAAGAUGGAAAUUAUCGUAAAGGUCUGGGUCAACAAGUCCGGCCUGGCCACAGCCAUGCGCCAGGCGGGCGUCAUCGUUAGCGAAGAUCAAUUCAAGCAGUUUACCCUUGGCUUUACACAGGCCAAAGCCUCGUUUGACUUUAUUGACGUUGGCUACGGCAAAGAACGCGCCGAUUCCAAAAUUAAAGAGGAUGCCCGGUGGCACUUGCACAAUGCCAAUUGCAAAAUGGUUGUGCUCGGCAUUUCCCAUGAUUCCGGGUACGCCCCUUUCCUAGAUGACCUCAGCAGCAACUACAAGAUGCGCGACCGCCUCCGCAUUCUCGAGGGCUCGCCCACGGUGCGCGAGCUCAUUGCCACCAAUAUUGAGGUUACCAACUUGAACGAAACCGUAUUCCGGUCCGACAAACUGGUUGCCGACCGCAUCCCGAAUGCGGCUCCAGUGAACUAUAUGCCGAACGGCACCGGCCGCGCGUCGCCGGCAGCCACCAACGGCCAGACUGUAACCGCCAAACCGAACGGCGGCAUACCGAACAACGACGCGACAAAGACCAGCGUCCUGUCGCCCACCACAUCGCCGUCGAUCAGCUACGCGAGCGGUACGACGGCCAAGCGUAGCAGCCCACCGCCGACCAUGACUUUCCCGCAGUCCACAACAAAGAGCCUGCAGGCCAAGGCGGCAAGUGCAGCGGCCACUGCGGCCGCGCAGCUCGAAAAAAAAAAGCCGAUCUGGAGCCCCGGCGAGCGCGGCCUCGAUCCGCCCGUCACAUACAACCCGGUGGCUGUGGACUGCGUCAAGAAACGCAAGGGCAAGGACAAGUUCUGCAACAACUAUGUCAUUUUGGGCUAUUGCACCAAGGACACUUGCGAAUACAAUCACAAGCUUAAGGCGACGGCCGACGAGAAGAUGGCUUUGUCGUUCCUGAUGCGCCAGUCGCCCUGCAGCCGUGGCCAGGACUGCACUUUUGAGGAGUGCAUUCAUGGCCACCAUUGCCCGAGUGUGCGCGACGGAAACUGCCUGCAGCCGUACUGCCGGUUCCCCUCGGCGCUGCACCCGCCGAACACAAAGUUUAAGCAACCGUUCCUCGGUGACGAUUAA